UGAAGCUUUUAGGUUGAAAGAGGCUAUGGUGAGAGGUUUUAGAUUAAAGCCUAAUGCUUUUGUUUAUGCUUCAUUGAUUAAAGGGCUUUGUAAGGCAAAUGAAUUGAGUUUGGCUUUUAAGCUUAAGGAUGAGAUGUUGAAAUGUAAAAUCGAAUUGGGUUCGCGGGUGUACUCCACCUUAAUUAGUGCUCUUUUCAAGGUCGGUCGCAAGGAAGAUGUUAUUGGAGUUUUGGAGGAAAUGAGAGAAAAUGGGUGCAAGCCUGAUGCAGUAACUUAUAAUGCAAUGAUCUACGGGUUUUGUCAGGAGAAGGAUUUUGACGCAGCAUUUGGUGUUUUAAGUGAGAUGGAAGUGAAGGGGUGCAAGCCAGAUGUUACUAGUUAUAAUGUAAUUAUUGGUGGGCUUUGUAGGGACGGAAAAUUGAGAGAAGCAAAUGAAUUAUUUGAAGAUAUGCCUAGACGGAAGUGUCAAUAUGAUUCCUUUAAAUCUCUUUGCAAAGAUGUUUAUUUUAAUUACUUCCAAUUUGUAAUCCUUUUGAUUGUUGUGAUCAUUUGA